AUGGAGACAAGCAAAAAAAACCACUCACAAGCACAGGGCUCGCGUGACGCGGGGCAAAAGAACGAAGCCUCACCUGCGGCUCCGAGCACAUCCACGAGCAAUUCUGGUUCCAAGCGGUCGGGCUCGGGUUCGCAUAACCAGAAGAACGAGGCCGUCGAGCCGCUCAGAGGGCCGGACGCCUUCAAAUAUAUCGGAGGUACGGCUUGCACGCUGUAUACGCGACCUCACGUACACGCAGUCCAGGUGCAAAUUGAUCUCACCACCGGCGAGCGCAUCAAGGGCGAGCUUUUCUACGCGGACGUCCAGCGCACCCCGACGAUCAUCAUCAAGGGGAACCAGGAGCGGAACGGCCACCACUUGUACAUCGUGCACGCGCAGUCCAUCGCACGGUUAGAGGCGCUGGGGCCCCUCAACUCAAGCAUCGACGACAUUCCGCGCAUAACCCCGGAGCAGCUGGCCGAAGCCAGAGCUACGUUAGCGCGGUUCGACGAGGAGGUCAACCCCAAAAAGGGGCACAACGAGGGACAUUCCAAGGGCAACUACAACAAAAAGUGGCACUCGCGCUCAUCUGGGCAGAAUUCGUCCCAGGGUGGGAACGCGAACAACAACUCCCAGGGCCAAGGCAACCAAGGGAAAGCCGCAUACACGGCCUCCGCUAAUGCGGAAGCCGGCCGCAAAUCCGCGAAUUGA